GCUGGGUCUAGCAGGCAGAGCCUUGCAGCCAGCUGGAGGGAAGGGAGCACAAGGGGAAUCUCAGCACCCUGGACAUCCCUCCUCCAAAUGAACUGUUCUCCCCUUGGAUCUAGCACAGAGCCAGAGUCAGAGAGCUGUACUUCUCACGCAGCCUACCCAUCUCUAGCACCCACUCACCCUCUUCGGCAAGCCAACAGACUGCCCAUCAGGGUGCUCAAAAUGCUGACUGCACAUACAGGACAUUUACUGCACCCGGAAUACUUGCAGCCUCUAUCCUCCACCCCUGUCAGCCCUAUAGAGUUGGAUGCCAAAAAAAGCCCCCUCGCAUUGCUGGCCCAGACCUGUUCUCAGAUUGGAAAGCCAGAUCCUCCUCCAUCAUCAAAGUUGAACUCUGUGACUUCCAGCGGGCUGAAUGAAAAGGAAAGUGGCCGAUCAUCCUCACUGAAGCUUGGAGAGUCACCUCUAGAGGAUAAAUCCAGUUUCAAGCCUUACUCAAAGGGUGGGGAAAGCAGGAAAGAAAGUGGAUCAUCAACCAGCAGCUCUUCAGACAAAGCUGGAUUUAGAGUUCCAAAUGGUUCUUGCCAACCUUUCCCUCCUCAUGCACCAUCGCCAUCUUCAAGGGUAAGCUCACCUGGACAGCACUGUGACUCAAAAAGUAGUGAAACUCAAGAGAAGAAGGAGCCCGAAAUCAUCAAAAUCACUUCUGAGGGAUCUCAAGGCAACCCCAACCUAACAAGAGUUAGCACCAGCAACUCCAGUGCCGAAUCCAGCCAAAGUGGAGAUGUUACUCCCAGCAGCAAGUCUGAGCCCCCUUCUCAUGGACCUGGACAUGUUGCCCCGGUUUCUCCCUAUAAACCAGGACACUCUGUCUUCCCUCUUCCACCAUCUGGAAUUGGAUACCAUGGAUCCAUUGUGGGUGCAUAUGCUGGAUACCCAUCCCAGUUUGUUUCUGGGUUGGAUCACACCAAAUCAAGCCUGGUUGGUAAUCAGCUAGCUGGGACUUUAGGUUUGCCAGGGAAACCUCCUAGUUCAAGCCCUCUGACUGGUGCCUCUCCUCCUUCUUUCAUGCAAGGAUUGUGCAGGGACCCAUACUGUUUGAGCUACCACAACCCUUCCCACCUUGGCUCAAGCAGCUGUUCCACCUGUGUUCACGAUCCAUCAGCGUUAAAGUCAGGAUACCCUCUAGUUUAUCCAAGUCAUCCUCUUCAUUCAGUGCACACCACCCUGUCUUCCAGUGUCACCCCUACAUUGUCUGGGCACCCUCUCUAUACCUAUGGCUUUAUGCUCCCUAACGAUCCAGUCCCCCACAUAUGCAACUGGGUGUCUGCAUCUGGACCUUGUGACAAAAGGUUUUCCUCCUCAGAAGAACUACUUUCUCACUUAAGGACACACACAUCUUUACCUGGGGCUGACAAACUUUUGGCUGGGUACCCCACAUCUGGUUUGGGUUCUGCUGCGUCUUGCCACCUCCACCUUCCUCCCACUGGGCCUGGAAGCCCUAACACUUUGCCGGGAUCUCUGUCAUUACGGAGUCCACACACUUUGGGACUAAGCAGGUACCACCCAUAUGGGAAAACCCACCUGACAACACCCAGUGGUCUCCCAAUGCCCUCUUUACCAGCAGGAUCAUACUACUCCCCAUACGCUCUAUAUGGACAGAGAUUAACGUCAGCUUCUGCGCUAGGAUAUCAGUAAAUAGAUCCCCAAAACAUAGACUGUAUAUUUAUUUACUGUAUGUUAGCUUCAAGCUGGGAAUAUUAAGUGCAUUAUUUACAACAAUUCAAUGGUAUGCAAACAUUCUGUGCCCCCUCAAAACUCUAUUCUUUCUCAUUAACAGUCUGUCUUCCAUUUGAGCUUUCUUUUAUUUUCUAUGUUUUCUUUUCUUUCUUUUUGCACGAUAACCAUCAUUUACUCUGUUCUUUUCUUGUCCCUUUUGAAGGUUAAAAAAAAAAAAUACUCAACCUCAUUUUGAUUUUGUACAGUUCAAAGGAAGUGUAUUUUUUGUAAUGUGUCUUACGGCAUGGUGGGAGUGGGUUGGGAGCAGAGAGAGAAGGAAGCAAAAUACUUUGAUGGCUAUCCAAAAUUGGCAAAUCUUAUUUUGUUAAUAAAUGAAAACUUAAUUAUA